AAAUCGACAGAGGCAACGAACACGAGAAAAUUAAUAAAUCGCUAAUCGAGUGAAUCAACAAUAGUCAUAUUCGAACCAGACUAUAGUCACGUUAAUGCUUCUGCUUCAGAUCUGGAGAGCAAAAAAAACAAAAAAAUCGAAAAUAACGAAAGGGAAAGAGGUGGAGGCGACGACAACGACGGUGAAUGAAAGAGAGAGUGGGGAACAAACAAGAAAUUCAUAAAUCACUAAUCGAGUGAAUCAACAAUAGUCAUAAUUAUUAACAAAACACUGAGAAUAUGACUAUUAUGUGACUACACUGUAAAUCGAGAUAAAAUAAAAUCAGAUACAACUCGACGACACAAACUCAUACAUUUUGCUCUGAACAAUUUCUGACCUUUGGCUAGGUAGGAAAUGCACCUGUCAAACACAUCCAACAGCUAAUUGAACGGUCAAAUUCGUCAUUUGAGAUUUAAUGUAAUACUAAUCAGUAAUUAAUUAAUUAAUUAAUGCCCCACAAAUCUUCUUAUAAUAUUGUCAACUUAUUUUUAAUUUAGCACCAGACGAAAUAAUUACAAUCUGAGAUCAUUAGAAAUUGUUCAGAGCAUACGAAUACGAACAAUCUCUGCUCAUUAAGAAAAAAACAAUUCCGACUCUGUGUAAAACGGAAUAAAAUUUUCAAUUAGUAACGAUCCUUUACACCAAUUAAGAAGACCCAAAAAGAAACAAUGAAAAUUCGGUUCUACAUACACACAUAUCUGAAUACACACACUACAACUCAGCCCCAUUUAUGAAACCAACAAAAUUAAAGCAGAACAUCUGACCUUCAAACACAGUUUAACUUCGGCAACGAACACAGAAGGGUUGAACGGCGACGAAAUCUCUAUUCUCACUUAAUCUCGGUUGAACUCACGUCUGUAUAUGAAGGAAAAUCACGUCCGCCUAUAAUAAAGGGAAACGGUUAUGGGAAGAUAUGGUGAUUAAAUAUUUGAUUUAUUAUAAUAAACUGUUAAUAAGGGUAUUUAUGUCUUAUUAUGUUUAAUUGAGGGGGUUUCACUAAUUAAGUUUGGGAUGUGAGUUUGUGCAAAAGUCUUAAAAGUCAAUUGGAUUUUACUCAUAAUAUUUUCCAUUUGAGGGGGAAAUUGCAUAUUUCCCUUUCAAAACUGGGUUAAGAAAUGUAUAGUUUUUUGAAUAUUUGAUAAGACUUUAGAAUAUAUUAUAACAUUAUUGUUAUCAUUUUUAAUGACAUAAAUUUAACGCUCCGAUUCUCUCAUUCUAAUAAAACUUGAGAACAAUAUUAUUUUUGCGGGUUACACACUUAAACUUCUAUUUAUGCAUGACAAGUGAAACUCCAUACUUGUGUGAAUUUUCAAUUUUAUUAAACUACAUUUUUACUAUUUACUAUUCUCUCUCUCUCUCUUUUCACUAUGUCGAAGCAUUUAGGAAUUCGAUCUUUGACAAAAGCCUUUAGAUCAGUUGGUAGCAGCAGCGGGAGCCUUUCUAGGAGCCGCACCCUUUCGGCUUCCUCGGCUCCGAUUCCGACAGGGUCCGACCCAAAGCCGGCGGAUGAGGAGACGACACAGGAGGAGGAGGAGCAGAUGACAGAGGAGGAGGAGGAGUAUGAGGAUGAUGAUGAGUCUGAGUAUGAGGAUGAUGAUGAGUCUGAGUAUGAGGAUGAUGAUGAGUAUGAGAAGAAGAAGAAGGAGGAGGAGGAGAAGAAGAAGAAGGAGGAGGAGGAGGAGAAGGAGAAGAAGAAGAAGAAGAAGAAGGUGAUCAAGAUGUAGACUUUUAUUUUAAUUUUUGAAACUAUUGCGUUAAUUAGUUUAUUAGCUGUAGU